AUGCGUUCGAGUAGAAAACGUUUUUUCCAGUGUUUCCGUUCGAUAUUAAAUCCUUUCUUUUUUACUGGCUGUUUGUCAUUCCGUUUGAAUGACCAACACAAACUAGAAAUUUCGUUUUGGACAAUAGUUCUCACAUAUUUCUAUCGUCUAAUUGGUCUUGGAUCCUUCAUUACAGGAUGGACAUACAAAGUUUACUCUCACCAGUAUUCCAAGACUAUUCUAGAAUUGUCACCUCUUUUGCAGCUAUUGGGUAUUCUCGAAUUGGCAGCUUCCAUAUUAGCCUACAUCAAUGUAUCGAUUUCAAUGGAAUUUAACAAGCAAAUGCAUGCUGAACUUUUCAACAAAGCCUAUGAACUUGACAAAGUUUUCAUCGAGAAAUUUGAUGUGAGUUUCAAUUAUGGCAAGGAAAUUCGCAGAAACAUUCUCAAUACUAGGUUCUUGAUGUUGUUUUGUGGAGUGUACUGUCCUAUUUGUUUUAUAAGCAUGGAUCCGGACUGGUAUGUGGUAUUGAUGGCGUUUGGUUAUGCUAUGUGUACGCUUGGACCACUUUCCAGCAGUGUCACGCAUAUUAAUUUAAUGAACUUUCUCCGGAUUCGGUUUGAAUUAUUUGGCAGUGUUUUUCAAAAAUACUUUUCUGUAGAUUUAAAUGAAAACAAAGAAAAGCAACGACAUUUUGUUUUGCUAAUCAAUCACUAUCGGAAAUAUUGUGAACUUAUUCAUGUCGUGAAUAGUGUUUACGGACACGCGGCUGUGGUGAAUUAUCUUCAUGAUUUUACACAGACUUCAUCCAUUGUAUUUGUCCUGUGUCACAAGGCUUUGGAAUCGGAAACUUCAGGUGUUGUGUACAUUGUUCUGUUUAUGUAUGUUUUUCCAAGAAUGUUUAAAAUAGUUUACAUGGCUUUUUGUGCAAGAAAAACCAUUCUUGAGCUUAGAUCUUGUCUCCAAAUUAUUGGAACGUACGAUGACCAUUGUACUUCAAAGAAUGCAAAAGAUACAAUUGAUGAGCUAAUCAUGUGGAGCAAACUUAAUCGAUUUCAGUUUAAUGUUGGAAGUGCUUUGGAAUUGAAUUUUGGUCUUGUUUAUGAGUUCUUUCUAGGAAUUGGCAACUAUAUUUUAAUAUUGAUUCAGCUUAAAUUUCAAGAAACUUCUAUAAAGGAACGUUUGGUUGCAACAGUAAAAAAGCAGUAAACAAAAAUUGAAUACACCCCUGUUCUGAUUUUCGCACAAAAUUUAAAAACGGUGUUCUAAAUUUCGUAAGAAUUUGCCUUUCAGUA